AUGGUCAUUGUAAUUUCAUUCUUUUGGUUUCUUCUUCUUGGUCAUCGAAUUAUUUUAUAUAGAAUAAACAAUGGUACUUGUGGUCCUUUAGAAGGUUUCUAUGCUGUCUAUGAUAAUUACUUUCAAGUUAUAUUUUCUUCACUUUGUCCAGUAAUUGUUAUGUCUAUCUUGACUUAUCUUCUAAUGAAAAAUGUUCGAGGAGUUGUUCAACGAAGAAUUCAAGCCGUCAAUGGUGUAGCUCCAAUUAUCAAGCCAAACAAUUCAAUAAUCAAUCAAAUGGAUGCACAAUUAACAAUAAUGUUAACAUUAGAAUCAAUUUUUGCCAUUAUAACUUAUGUUCCAUAUGCUAUACAAUUAACUUAUGCAAAUAUAACACAAGAAUGGUACAAAACACAAUUACAAUUGGCUUGGGAAACAGUAUUUACUGAAUUAAUUCAUUUAUUUUCGUACCUAUUUUUCGUGACGAAUUUCUAUGUAUCGAUCAUUUCAAAUGUUGGUUUUCGUCGAAAGUUCAAAAAUAUAUUAGCAAUGAAAACACACAAUGACUUGACAAAUCAUAUAAUUACUAUUCACCGUACUUGA